AAGAAACGUCACUUCCUCUCCAAUGUGUCCACAUUGGUACGUGGUUAAAAACAGCAAACUGGGACGCCACGUACACAGUAUGCAAAAGAUAGGGUUUUAAAGUCUUGUCAAGUCGCAAAUUCAUUCUCACUUGUGUCUCUUAUAAAAUCGCCCAAGGGAACAGCAUAUAUUUUUACUUUUUGCUUUGAAACAAAAGGGGUGGAGACAGAAGUUUCCAAAUCGACCUGAAGUUAGCAGCGUAAACUUCUAACAUUCAUUUAGAGUGAAAAUGAGUGAAACAGACCAGCAAAAGAACGAUGUGCCAGCAUACUUGAAAGAUGAACCACCAGCAGAUCCCAAUAAAGACCAUCCCCAGCCUCAGCCUGGCAUGUUCUCCAGGGUGGCUGGUGGUCUGUUCAGUGUCACAAAGGGGGCUGUUGGGGCCACAGUGGGUGGAGUUGCCUGGGUUGGAGGAAAAAGCUUCGACCUCACGAAAACUGCCGUUACCUCCGUCGCAUCUGUGCCAGCGAUGGGGGUGGGUCUCGUGAAGGGAGGCGUGUCUGCCGUGGCCGGCGGCGUGAGUGCAGUCGGCUCUGCCGUCGUUAGCAAAGUUCCUAUUGGCGGAGGUAAAAAGAAGGAUAAAUCCGAUUGAACCUUCUGCCUGCAUUGUGUCUUCUCGUUUGACUCUUGCGUGAGUUGAUGGUGGAGUUUUGCAAGACCAUAUUUCGUCUGCCUGACCGGACCAUCAAGGUGACAUUCGUGAACUGGGGGCUUGCAUGACACGAGAACCUUUGUUUUUGUGUUGUAAUAGGAAUAUGAAAUUAUGCGUUAUGCCAAAAUUGUUUAUGUCUGAAGUAUUACAUUUCAAUGAGUGUACAUGUGGACCUUUAAAUGUUCCGUUACUGUUUUACAAAGGCACAUCAGUUUAAGCUUUGUGCCUGUGACCGCAGAGACAAAGAUUUCGCACACGUUUCAAACGCGCACCUUGCGCUCAGACUCUGCAAGCCAGUUGUUGGAUUAAGAUGAAGAUCAGUCAAGUGUCCCUCAAGGUUCUGUAAGAGAAAAUCACAGGCCGUGGGGUGCUGAUGGUGACACUCCAUCCAUCUGAUUGAUUGUUCGUGAGAUUACUUACUUUGUGCCUUUGGGGUCCGCGCUGAUCCGUGCUGCCCUCUCGAUCCCCACCGAUCGCUCUUUAUCCUUUGCAAAACGGAGAAACCACAAGCACACACACGCUGUGUUUACUGUGCUGUAUUAAAAGGGCUCUGAAGUUGAGGACCAUAAAUCGGAAUGCUGAUAUACUUUAGGGAUUUAGGGGAAAGUGUGCGUCCGUGUGCAAGAUUGACAAUCGGCAUCAAAACAGAAAUUUUUGUUUUGCUGCUUCUAUCACCUACAUCUGUUUUCCAUUACCCUGUGAGAAUUUCUGUUGUGUUUUUCUUAUUUUUUUCCUCUUUAUCAUGUUUGUUCACUGUCCUUUGCUUUUUUUUAAAACUCUUUAACGUGAAUCUUUUUAUGGGCCAAAAAAGAACCACACAAGGUGGCAAAAUACAUUACAGUAUUUUCGUCUAUCGAGUAUUUGUUGUUUUUCCUUACCAAAAAAAUAAUAGGAUGGAAAAAUGUUUAGUGUAUUUGUUAAAGAUUUGUUUUUUUGUUAGCAUUACUUUAUUAUAUUUAGUAUGGUAUUCUAUGUAUUCUCUCUUUUUAGAUGUAUCAAUUUAUUUUUGUUUGUUUUCAGGGUGAUUUGAAACGAUCCAUAUUUUGUUGCAUAAUGUGAAUUCGAAAGAUUUAAAUAAAGUAAUAUCAAAGUGG